GUUCCUCGAGAAGCAGUCAUGGACUGGCGCAGACGCUGCGGGUGGAGCCUUUCGGCGAGUUAAAGCGCAGGAGCCGUUGACUGGCCUCGUUUCCACGACUUUUCAGCUCGGAACUGCUGUCCUUUGCCUUGGAAGGACAUUUUAUCCCCAGUAGUAUGACGGCGGCUGCAGUGCGGAUGGUGCUUUAUGAAGACGAUUCGGUGCAAGUGCAAUAUGUCGAUGGUUCCAGGCUGCAGCUUUCUCCCUGUGGUGCUGAAUUCUUAUUUGAAAAGGCACCACCUGUUUCAGCACAUCCUUUAGAACAACCAGAAAGAAUUCGUCAAAGGACACACUUUGUUAUUAGCACUUACCGAGAGCAACUACAGCGAGCCCUAGAUUUUCGAAACACUUUCGCCACUUACCCUUUUUUAUCUGAAAACAUUAUACCUUCUGAAAGAAAAAAGCGUGUUUUCAUCGACGUCUCAGAAGUGCGGUGGCCCAGUCCCGAUGCUGAUGACAGCGUGGCGUGGCUGCAGGGUGGCACUGUGAAGGUAGCCUCUUUAGAUGGUCACGCCUACCUCUGCCUGCCUGCAUCUCGGCAUGAAUUCACAGUACGUUUUUUGUGUAAAGUAAGCCAGAAGCCAGACUCGUCUACAGUAUUGUCUGAAAAAAAAAAUCAAGCCAAAAAAGAUAAACUGGUUGAAAAAGCCAGCAAAAUCCUCACAUGUGGAAGCUUACCAGGACAGAGCCUGAAGAAUGAAGAAAAUGAACUUCACUGUCAGGUCGUGAAAUCCAAAGAACCUUCGGAGAAGGAGCGUUGUGCAAAUGGAACCGAGGGGAAGGAGGCGCUGCCUCUGCCUGGCACGAAGCACACGUGUGUAUACACAUGGGUAGAGCAGCGCUGGUCUGUGGCCUCCUGUCCAGAGGAAUGGAAAUACCCUCUGUCUUUAGCACUUCAUUUUCAUAAUAAAAUACGCAGUUUGUCUGGAACUGAUGUACCUGUCACCCAGAAUGCAGCUUUAACUUCUGAUGUUUCAGAGGAAAGAGGAAAAGAGGUUUCUGUCCUUCCCAGGGCCCUGUUACUCAGCUGCCCUGUCCCACACCUGCACAGGUGGAGCUUCUGUGGUUCCCUCUCCCUGGGACAGUCUGAUGAAGAGGAAUACUCCUAUCCUGAGCUAGUGAAAGUGGUUUGGGACAAGGGCGUUACAUACAGACUAACCCAUAAAAAUGUGAACUUGAUAGAGAUUUAUCCUGGAGAUGGAUCUGUUUUCAAAUCAGAAGGAGCUUAUUUUGGGAACUUUUUUACGUAUUAUCCCAUUCAGGAAGGAUCUGAAGAGAGGGAAGAGAAAAUGUAUUCAGUAAAUAACCUACCUCCAGAUAGACCAGGAAGUCUGUUCUCUGUGUGUUCUCUAAUUAAACAGGCAACCAGGAUUCUUCAGUAUUGUGCCAAGUUGAGGCUUUCUCUAAGCCAUAACUAUUGUAUAUGCUGCUGGAAAAUGGUCCCUGGGAUAAGUGAUAACAAUAUCCUGCCUUUGCUUUUGAGAGAAUCAUUCAUACCCAGCGUGGGAAGACUUCUUGCAUAUUCUGAUGACAAAGUACAUGUUAUCUUUUUAGACGGCGUUACUCUCACCCUAAAUUGGAAUUUUGGCUCUUUUAUUGGAAAGAAACAGGUAAAUCCAGGGCUCAGCUUAGGCUGGUGUAAGUUAACUUUUCCUGAUGGACACAAUCAGUUAAUUCAGAUCGAACACUCUGGACCAUAUGAAAGAUAUGUGGAAACAGUAAUAUCAUGGUGCAGAAGACUGACCCAGACUAGUCAGAAAGAGAUGCUCACACAUCCUUCACUUUCUGUUCCUGAAGAAAAUUGGUGUGUGGCUUCUGAACUUGAAAAGAUACAGAAGUUUAACUCAUUAUUGGAGAAUAGUGGUGUCCUAAACCAGAUUUCUAAUAAGAAGAAUGAAAAGUCUUCUGAAUAUAUACCAGAAUAUUCAGAAACGUUGCUAGAAGAAGUUAAUGAAAAGAGAGUAUCAGUAGCAUUGAAAGAAAUCUCUGAAGUUAUUCAGGAUAUUGACUGUCUUCUAUCAAACUCUAAAAAGUGAAAAAGGAAAUUAUUACAAUAUAUUAUUAAAUCUUAAGGAUGUUGUUUCAAGUGACUGGUAUGAAAUUACUAG